AUGGACGUGGGCGCCGACGAGUUCGAGCAGAGCCUCCCUCUGCUGCAGGAGCUGGUCCUGGGCGCCGACUUCGUGGGUGAGGCGCGGGGAGGCCGCGGAGGCCGCGGCUCGGGUGGGCCGGGUGGGGGAGGGGCGCGGCCCAGCGGGGACGGGCGCGGGGACGGGCGCCGGGACGGGCACCAGGCCGCGGGAGGCGCCCAGAGGGCCUCGGAGGGCGGGCGGAUUCCUUCCCCUGCCCGGGCCCCCGGGCCCCGGGCCCCGGUGCGGCCCCAGCGGAGCAGAGCCGGUCUGGACAUCGAGUUCACGGGCCUUCGCUCCAACCUGUCCCGGCCCCAGCAGAUCAGUCUUUUUGACUUGCCCUCGGAGUGGUAUCUGAAGACCCGCCACAGUGUUCAGCAGUUCACCAUCUGUCAGAUUGGAUUGUCCGUGUUUUCCAGUAUUGAAGGAGAGUCAAACAAGUAUGUAGCCCAUUCAUGUAACUUCUUUCUCUUCCCUACGACAUUUGGGAUUUUGGAUUCCGAAUUCUCUUUCCAGGCUUCUAGUGUUCAGUUUCUGAAUCAGUAUGGCUUCGACUAUAACAAGUUUCUCAAAAAUGGGAUCCCCUAUAUGAAUGAAGAGCAGGAGAAGAAAAUCAAACACAACAUCCUGACUGGGAACUGGAGAGUUCGCAGUUCUCUGGAUAAAGACCAGAUCAAGGUGGUGAUUGAUGAGGUGACACGGUGGCUGGAUUUGGCUGAGGAGGGCGACUGGAUGACUCUCCCUGGUAUCGCUGGCUUCCAGGCCUUUGAGGUCCAGUUGGUGCUGAGGCAGGCCCUCCCUGACAUCUGGACGGUCCUGAGAGACCAGGGGAUAAUAGUAAAAAAAGUGAGUAAACAACAUCGCUGGUAUCUUGAGAACACCUCCUGUGAUCGAGAGAGCUGUUGGAAGGAGAAGAUUCUCCUCUCUGCGAGGGGCUUCUCGGUGUUUUUCCAGAUGCUGGUGAAAGCCCAGAAGCCCCUAGUGGGCCACAACAUGAUGAUGGACCUGCUGCAUCUCCACGAGAAGUUCUUCAGGCCGCUCCCAGAAAGCUAUGAUCAAUUUAAGUUGAAUAUCCACAACCUAUUUCCCAUUCUCAUUGACACCAAGAAUGUGACCAAGGACAUCUGGAAGGAACUGAAUUUUCCAAGAGUUUCAAACCUUUCAGAAGUUUAUGAAGUCCUAAACAGUGACUUGAAUCCUACCAGAAAUUCUGGGCCAGUGGUUAUUCAUGCAAGCAAGUGUGAAAAAUACGUUGAGACCAAGUACCCCCACGAGGCUGCCUAUGAUGCCUUCCUUUGUGGAUCAGUUCUUCUGAAAGUGGCACACUUGCUCCUAUGGAGAGUACACAGUGCCGGUCCCAUGCCUGAGCCCUCCUUUUCUCUCUACCUUGACGUGCUGGCUCCCUAUGUGAACCAGGUGAAUCUUAUCCGAGCUGGGGUCCCUAAGAUUAACUUUUCUGGUCCAGAUUGCCCCAGUAUCCGGCCUCCCAUCCUCCUCCUGCGUGUCCGUAGGUGGCCUGGGGUCAGCGAGCAGCAAGUCUAUCGUGAGUUUCAGAAUGUCUGCAAGUUUGAUGUGCGGCGCCUCUCACGGAGCCAGUUCCUGCUCUUGACCAAUAAGUUUAAGGAUGCUCGGAGCAUCCUGAAGGAGUAUAGGGGCCACCCUACCCUGCAGGUCUCCCUGUACCGAUACUGGAGACACUCCCCGAACAUCAACUGCUUGUUACAGGUCUGCGGUGUGGUCACUACCUGGGCUCUCCUGGCCCUUCUCCUCGGAAGACCUGGCCCCUGAGUGCAGCCUGCAGCCCCUGUCCUAUCUCUGCACCAACCUGGGACAGCCAGCCGGUUUUUUGUUUUUUUUUCUUUGUGGGUUUUGUUUGUAUAAAUCAUAUUUUAUGUGUAGACCGAUCUGUGAGGUCCUUAUGAGAAGCUUUGUUUUGAACGUGAAAUACUGUAAUGAUCAUCAAUGAUAAAGAAAUCCUUAGAUGUGG